AUGCUGCAAAAUUCCGACCAAGAUAUGACGAAAGCGAACGUGGCAGCGACGAAGAUCCAAGCUAAUUUCCGGGGUUACCGAGUACGGAAACGGAUGAAAGAAUCGAACAAUGAAGCGAGAUCGGAGUCGUCGGGCGCAGUCGAUCGUGAACGGAAACAACGGGAGGAUGGACGCACGGACGAUGACGAUUCCUCGAGUUUGGAGAAACGGGACGCAGCCGCGGAAUCCUUGGAGGAUAAGUCGGCGACUAAAAUUCAAGCCCGUGUACGCGGAUUCUUGGUACGGAAGAAACAGCAAAUUGCACGCGAGGCCGCGACCAGAAUCCAAGCGGGCUUUCGUGGCUUCAAAACCAGGAAACUGUUGAAACAAAACGAACAAUGA